AAGUUGCCCAGACUUUUAGCUCCGAUCUUGCUUUUAUUUAGACCCAUGUUCUUCUGUAAUUUGGAGAACCACUGCUCUCUUCAAUUCCCACCGUCUCCAUACUUUUUGGGAUGGAUUCAACCACAAAUGAUCUAGUCCAUGAGUUCCCACCCUUUCUCAAAGUUUAUAAAGAUGGUCGCGUUGAAAGAUAUGCCUUCAUGGGCACGGACCCCAUCCCUGCAGGCCUCGACCCAAAGACUGGAGUCCAAUCCAAAGAUGUCGUAAUCUCUCCGGAAACUGGUGUCAAGGCUCGAAUUUUCAUGCCCAAAAUUGACCAGCCCGGCCAGAAGCUGCCUCUCCUCAUCCACUACCACGGCGGAGGAUUCUGUAUCGGAUCAGCCUUGGACAAUGUAGCUUGGAAUUUUCUCACCUACCUAGUUUCACUAGGCAAUAUGAUGGCCAUUUCAGUUGAGUACAGGUUAGCCCCAGAACAUCCUCUGCCUAUUGCUUAUGACGACUCAUGGGCCGGGCUGCAAUGGGUUGCAUCUCACUUCAAUGGGUCAGGGCCUGAACCGUGGAUCAACGAGCAUGCGGAUCUCAACCGGGUUUUCUUGUUGGGUGAAAGCGCUGGGGCCACUAUCACUCACGACGUGGCCGUCCGAGCUGGUGCCGUGGGAUUAGUCGGAUUAAAGGUUGUCGGAAUUCUCAUGGUGCAUCCAUUUUUUGGAGGUAAAGAGACAGAUGAAAUGUACAAGUACUUGUGUCCAACUAGUAGUGGGCGUGACGAUGACCCGAGAUUGAACCCGGUAGUGGAUCCGAAUUUGGGUAAGAUGGCGUGCCAAAGGGUGAUGGUUUUUGUGGCGGAGAAAGACUGGCUGAGAAAUAGGGGACAGGCUUACUAUGAAACAUUGGGUAAGAGCGGGUGGGGUGGGACUGGACCGCAAGAUUUAUGAAUAUUUGUCCUCCAUGUUAUGUCAUUUUAUUUGAUAUUUGUUUCCACAAAAGAGAAUAUGGCUUCUCUGAUUUCUUCACUUUUUAUUUUUAACUUUUACAAACUUUUGAACUGAGCAUCUUUCGUGAACCUAAUCCUUAUCCUUAACAACCAGAUGUUAGCUAGCUCUUUAUUCAAUUAGGAACCAAAGAAAAUAUAUUUUUCUAUUUCAU